AAGAGGUCUGAACCAUUAAGAGCUAGUAUAUUGCUUAACUAUUCAGAGGCAAAUGUCUGAUCAAUUCAGAUAAGAGGUCUUAACCAUUCAGACUCUGUAUAAUACUUAACCAUUCAGAGGCAAAUCUCUUAAUCAUUCAGACAUCUGAACUAUUAAGAGGUUGAAACAAACAGUCUGAACCAUUAAGUGCUAAACCAUUCAGAUAUGUGAACCAUUAAGAAAAAGGCAGGAGUGGUUUUAAUACUUUGGGUGCCUAAGAAGGUAGGUUGUUGGUGGUUUCCACUUUCCACAUCCCGGAGCUUCUUCACGUUUCUUCGCACUUUUUCACUGGUCUUUGCCUCCUGGCCGGAUGAUCAUAAGAUUUUGAGUGAAAAUGGGAUUAUCAAGGGGAUGAAGAAGGAGAUACGAUGAUGACGAUUGCUUCGCCGCCUCAUUCAUUCCUUUUCUGCCGCCUCUUCACCGCCGCCGCACAAAUUCCGGCGCAGACCGUGCUAAUUUCAUUCGUUUUCGAGUUAAUUUGGUUUGGAGUUUAUCUAUUUGCCUUUUCCAUAUGUAUGAAUGUGUAUAUAAAGUAAUUUUGUGCGGGCAGAGUCAUUUUAAUGGCGACUCUACAUGUAAGCUGAAACUUUGGUGUGUUAAUGGGGGUUUGAUUUUGUUUGGCUGAAGAUAUAUAUAUCACAUGCUUGUAUCCGCAAAUAAACAUGGAGUGUUUAGCUGAAAAUGGAUUCUGUAAAAAGGCUGUGAAUGAUAGGAAAGGAAUGAAAAGGUCGAGUUUGGGCGCGGAUGGAAACUCAGAGACUAAGAAAUUUAGGUUUAACCUGGGCGAAGUUGGUGAGAAUUUAGCUGAUGAAAACAGGGGGUUGGAAGAGAUUGAAUUAGAUCUCGAAGGGUUAGAAGAAGAGAGAGUUACUGAGGGGCUAGUUAAAAGUUUUGGUGGUGCAUUUGACAUGACAGGAGAGGCGAGGAUAGAGGAUGGGGUGGUAGGGGUAGGUCUUGGAGAAUCAAGCGUUAGAUGUAAAGGUAAUAUUUCCAAGGGAAAUGACGCAUCUUGUAGCACUGUAAAACAAUUAAAUAACAAUGUGGGUGUUGGCUAUGAGAAAAGAGAGUUUGAAUUUGAUCUUAACGUGUCCGUUUGGGAUGCAGAGGAUGAGGGAUUUGAUAUUACUCCCGUGGUUGGUGAGAUGACUAAGGAAAUUGUUGAGAUUUUAUCUGAUGACGAUGGUGAUGAAGAGGAUGUAAUAGUUCUAAAAGAAGUUAAGGGAAAAAGGAAACUCUCUGAUGGAGUAAAUGCUUGUGGAAGUUCUGGGAAUGUCAAAUUUGGACGGUUAGGUGAACUGGAUUUAAGCAUGUCUCUUGCUGAUAGUGGCACGUCUAGUGGGGUACGGAGGUAUACCAGAGAAGAAAAGGGGAAAACAAAAGUCGGCGAUUCUUGGCUAUCCCUAACCAACCUGCCAAUUGGAAUGGAGAUCCUUGCCGAGGGGUGUGAAUUUGCAUUUGAACAGGAUGUUGAUCCUGCAUUAUCACUUCACUUUGACUCUGUAAAUUUAGGACGAAAUGGUGAUCCACUUAUGAAGGGAAAUCACAAACAUAGAGCAGAGCAAUCUGGUGCAUAUUCCGCCAUAAAGAUGCCUGUUCAGUUCAAACCUAUGUUGAUAGCACAACCCAGUAAUCAGAUCUCAGCUAGGAAUAGUGAGUUCAGAAGAGAGCAGGUUAUUGCUGAUAAUGCAAGGUUAUUGAACGCACCGAGGCAGAGGGCAGACAGAGUUAGACACCGUGAAAUUGCGACAGAUCGUGCUUAUCGAUUUGCACGGUUCAAUCCUCUAGAGGAGAUUAUUAACGAGAGUUCUUUAGUUAACACAGAGAUGACACCUUCUUUAGAAGCUGAUGAGCAACUACUAAACUCUCCUGGACCAUUUUCAGACGCAUUGAAGACAAUCAGAGAGCGUUGUCUGAAAAAGAGUGCUCAGCAAUUAAUUGUUUGGAGAGGACGUCAAAAUACGUCCGAUAAUAUUUCUGCUCCUCUUGUUCCUUCACUACAAGAUCUUUCUUUGAAAACGCUUCUGAAAAAUGCUUAUGCCCUAGUUUCACUUGAUUGUGUCCCUGACAUAUUGAGAAGAAAGAUUGUUGACUUGCUCUGUGAUGCCAGGAAGAUGAACUCUCGUUUGUUUGGCCUCCUCUUGCAAGGUUCUCCAACUGAAAUCCGGGUUAAGGACUGUUCAUGGCUAACAGAAGAUGAUUUCUCUAAGUCCUUUGGAGACUUUGAUGGACAAAACUUGCUGGUCCUUCAGCUUGAUCUGUGUGGGCAAUGCUUGCUUGAUCAUGUGUUGGAUAAAACCUUACUGCGAUCUUCACAUAGGUUGCCAAAGUUGGGUAUUUUAUCGCUAAGGGGUGCAUGCCGCAUGUCAGAUGAUGGGCUGAGAUUACUUGUUGCAGAAGCACCUAUACUGCAGUCAAUAGAUUUGGGGCAGUGCUCUCUUUUGACACAUAGCUGCAUCAACAUUAUAUCCAAGUCGCUGUGUUCAUCUCUGAAGGAGCUGCGCAUAAAUGAAUGCCAAAGAAUAGAUGCUAUGCAAAUAAUAUCUGGAUUGAAGAAUUUAAAACACUUAGAAGUGUUAUCUGUUGCUGGAAUUCAAACAAUAUGUGACCAAUUUGUUUGUCAAAUGCUUCCGGCAUGCGGCCAAAAUUUAAAGGAGCUCGAUUUGGCUGACUGCGAGUAGGUCCAUAUUGAUGAACAUACCAGUCAUUUUGUUUGUAUUCAAGUUAUCUAUUACUCCGAGUACAUUAUACUUAUUACAAAGUACGUGCUUAGUGAUGAAGCAAUUGCUGCAUAUUUGGAAGCUUCCGGGCAAUCUUUGGAAGAACUUUCACUCAAUAAUUGUUCAAAGGUUGGCCCAAGUACUGCGCUCUCACUUGCCAAAUGUUCAAUAAAACUAUAUUAUUUGGACUUAUCAUGGUGUCGCAGAGUAACCGAUGACUCGCUAGGAGUGAUUGUAGACAGUUGCAUCUCCCUCAAACUGCUUAAGCUUUUUGGUUGCACACAGAUCACUAGCACAUUUGUAAAUGGGCACUCGAACUCUCUAGUCCAGGUUGUGGGAUUACCAAUGACACCGAUAUUAGACCACAUUAUCAAGUUUGAACCAGAAGAAGUUUUGCUGCGCUAUUCGUCUCUUCAAACAUGUGCUGACGCAUUCUAGUGUUCAUUUCGAGGUGAUGUAUGAUUCGUCUGAUCUUUUAUUAGCAUAGAUUGACAUCUGAAAUAUGUUAGUUUUUGCAAAUAUGUUUUAACAUAAACAAUACCAUAGAAUAAGCCUCACAUGUGCAACAAGUUGUAUGGAGUUAAAAGAGUAGUGUGGCUGUAUGGUUGAAAUUUAUGUAGAGAACUCGUAAAAAAAUCUUGUUUGACUCUCACAAGAUUUAACAAGUGUUAAGGUGAAAAGUGAGUAGUUGUAAUU